AUGAGUUGCUCAUCCCUCCUUACCUCCAAAUCAAAGAAGUUUCUGCAGUAUCCGGUGACGGCAGUCUUUGUCGGUUUCGCGAAAAGAGGAGAUCCUCUCGUAUGCCUAAAACCCGCACCCUUUACAGCUAUGACAUCUCGUGAAAGCCCUGAAGCUGACAAGCUUGUCAUCUCCUAA